AUGUCAUCCCGAGUCUUAAAGAAGUUGCAAGGUGGCGAUGAACUGCAACCCAAUCUUGAUGAUGAAGAUGUGGAUAAUCUGUUGAGCAGUGGUGGCGAAGAUGAUCCCGAUUUGCAAAGUGGCAAGGGAAAAUCGAACUUUUUUGAUUUGCUGAAUCAACAAAGUCUUUCGGAAAGUGAAGUCAAAGAGGAUGACAAUGAAACUGAACAUGCCUCGGCUGCAACAAAUCUUGAAGCCGGUCCAGCUGCUUCGAAGAAGAAAAAGAAGAAGCGUAAGAAGAAGUCGAAAUAUACGGGAAAUCAUAUAAGCAGUGAAGAUAAUGAGCUCACUGACAAAUUUAUCAAUGAUAUUGAUGAUCCUCUACUUAACAAAGUAUCAGCGGCGACUGCACAAAAUCCAAAAUUAACAACACCAAGGAUUGAAAUUGACAAAUCCUUAUUGGCUGUGGAAUUGAAAAAUCUUAAUCCACAAAAUGAGAUGAGGCGUACAUUCGGUAAACGUGUAGUCAAAAUCGAAAACAAACGUGGACGUCAAAAGUUGACAUUAAAAUCAACAUAUUUGGUAACACCUAAGGACUCGUGGCCACCAAUAACUAAAAAUAUAAUCAAUAUGAGACCAUGCCAGGCACCCGAUAAUGCAACCUCCACCUCGACAAUGUCGUCUCGUGUGGGACCAAUGGAUAAGGUGCAAUGGUUCGCCUUUGAGCACAGUCAAUAUUAUCAAGGUGUACAAAAUCUAUUUUUAUCGGCAUUGGAAAGAACCGAUUCUGAUUUUUUGAUAAACUUAAUUGGUCGCUGUCCGUAUCACGUGGAUUCGUUAAUACAAUUAAGUGAAAUGUGCAAAAUGACAGAAGAUUUUUCUCUUGCUGCCGAAUUAAUCGAAAGAGCUGUGCUGGUUUUGGAAACCUCACUACAUCCAAGUUUUAGCCUAACAAAUGGCAAUUGUCGCCUCGACUAUAGACGUCAAGAAAAUCGUGCACUAUUUGUGGUACUUUUCAAGCAUGCUCAAUAUUUGGAAGCGCGUGCUUGUUGCCGUACCGCAUUUGAAAUAUCAAAAUUAAUACUAAGUCUUAAUCCUGAAGUAGACCCAUUGGCAAUGGUUUUGAUCAUUGAUUAUUUUGCCAUACGCAGUAAACAGCAUGCAUGGUUGGUGAAAUUCUACGAAGAGUAUAAUGUUGUACGCAAUUUAUCACAAUUACCCAAUAUGGCGUAUUCGUAUGCUUUGGCAUUGUUCUUGUUGAAUGGUGAUAAUGAAAAUGCCGAUAAAGCAUUGCAAUAUGCUUUACUCAUGUUUCCGGGCGUACUGAAACCAUUAUUGGAUGAGCUAUCCGUUCAGACCGAUAAACGGGUAUUGAGCAAUUCAUAUUUCAACUCUGAAGUUUCGGGAAGCCAAUCACCUGCACUACAUCAACUGGUUUCAUUGUACGUUUGUCGGGCUAAAGUUAUUUGGCGUCAAAAUAACAUUUUACCAUGGUUGGAGCGUAAUGUUAAUGCUGCAUUGGAUCGUAUUGAAAGUAAAGAUGAAGUCAUACAAGACUAUAAACAAAAGAGAUCGGCACGUUAUGUUCAACCACCCCGACCAAUAUUACGACAUGUUAUACUCUCAGAUUACAAGGAGAAAGUGCCAUUGGCACCAUUUGUGGCCAAGGAGAAAGAUCCCAUAAUGAUGUAUGAUCCAUUGCCACCACUUGAUUCAGUUAAUUUUUACGAAAGGAAAUCUUCAUCAAGUAGCCCCACCACAGCCAGCAAUCGUUCUGUUUCAAUGUUUUUCCAAUCCCUAUUACCCACAUUUAAUUUACAAAAUGCUGCCGCCGCAGCCAAUGCUGCAGAUGCCCAACAACAACAGCAGCAACAGGUUGUUGCCAAUGUGGAACAAGCUGCAGCAAGAGUUGCGGCUCAGGUACCAGCCGAUGCUGCCAAUGAAGUGGCUGAAGUUGAUCGUCAUCUACAGGCAUUAAAUAUGAAUUUGGAUAAUGCAGCUGCUGGCACUGGAGAAGGAGCAGUGUUGCGCCAAUCAUUUACCGAUAUUGUCCUUGCCAUGCGUGAAUUCAUACAAAGUGUGCGAAGUGCCACCGAAAACUUGCAACCAGGUGAUAAUGAAGGAAAUGAUUCAACCGAAGAAGAUACAACCGAUUAUUUUGAUUAA